CUUCCGGUGAAGAGGCUCGCAGGAGUUUGACACCAUGGCAGCAUUCGGCGAAAUGGGAGUGAUGCCAGAAAUUGCACAGGCGGUGGAAGAAAUGGACUGGCUGUUGCCAACGGACAUUCAGGCCGAAUCCAUUCCACUGAUUCUGGGUGGAGGAGACGUGCUCAUGGCUGCUGAGACUGGAAGCGGAAAAACUGGAGCCUUCAGUAUUCCAGUCAUCCAAAUAGUCUAUGAAACCAUCAAGGACCUGCAGGAGGGAAAAAAAGGACGCAGCGCGGUAAAGACAGGAGGAGCAGUUUUCAGUAAAUGGCAGAUGAACCCCUUUGAUAGAAGUACAGCAUUUGCUAUUGGAUCAGAUGGCUUGUGCUGUCAGAGCAGGGAGUUCAAAGAAUGGCAUGGCUGUCGUACCACCAAAGCGGUCACAAAAGGGAGGUAUUAUUAUGAAGUUGCCUGUCACGAUCAAGGGCUGUGCAGGGUGGGCUGGUCCACUGCCCAGGCAUCACUGGACUUGGGAACUGAUAAAUAUGGAUUUGGCUUUGGAGGAACUGGAAAGAAAUCUCACAAUAAGCAGUUUGAUAGUUAUGGAGAAGAGUUCACAAUGCACGACACUAUCGGAUGCUACAUAGAUCUGGAAAAAGGCCAUGUGUCAUUCUCCAAAAAUGGCAAUGAUCUGGGUUUGGCUUUUGAAAUCCCUCAGCAGCUGAGAAGCCAGCCGUUUUUUGCUUCCUGUGUGUUAAAGAAUGCUGAACUGAAAUUCAACUUUGGCGAUGAAGCUUUCAAACACCAACCCAAAGACGGAUAUGUGGCCCUGAACCAGGCUCCAGAAGGUCAUGUGGUCAAAUCCAGCCAGACAGGUAGUGCUAAAGUGACUCAGGUCAAAUCUAGCUCCAACGCCCCCAGAGCUCUUAUCAUCGAGCCGUCUAAAGAACUGGCUGAACAAACCCUCAAUAAUGUCAAUCAGUUCAAGAAGUAUGUGGAUAACCCUAAACUUAGAGAACUUCUGAUUAUUGGAGGAGUGGCUGCCAAAGAACAGCUCAAUGUUUUAGAAAGCGGGGUUGACAUUGUGGUCGGCACCCCAGGCAGACUGGAUGAUCUCAUAUCCACAGGAAAGCUGGAUCUUUCCCAAGUCCGUUUCCUGGUGCUGGAUGAGUGUGACGGGCUCCUGUCGGCCGGCAAUACUGACUUCAUCAUGAGGAUCUACAACCAAAUCCCUCAGGUCACCUCAGACGGCAAGAGACUACAGGUGAUUGUUUGUUCUGCUACGCUGCACUCAUUUGACGUGAAGAAGCUCUCAGAGAAGAUCAUGCAUUUCCCCACAUGGGUGGAUCUGAAGGGAGAAGAUUCUGUACCAGAAACUGUCCAUCAUGUGGUGGUGACAGUCAACCCAAAAAACGACAAGCUUUGGGAGAGACUGGGGAAGAACCACAUAAGGACUGAUGAAGUUCAUGCAAAGGACGACACACGACCUGGAGCCAACAGCCCAGAGAUGUGGUCUGAGGCUAUUAAGAUCCUAAAGGGGGAGUACACAGUCAGAGCCAUUAAAGAGCACAAGAUGGAUCAGGCCAUCAUCUUCUGCCGGACAAAGAUCGAUUGUGAUAAUAUGGAGCAGUACUUCAUCAAGCAAGGAGGAGGACCAGAUAAGAAAGGACACCAGUUCUCUUGUGUAUGCCUUCAUGGCGACAGAAAACCAAAUGAACGCAAGUAUAAUUUGGAGCGAUUCAAGAAACAGGAGGUGAAAUUUCUGAUUUGCACAGAUGUGGCUGCUAGAGGAAUUGAUGUCCGUGGUGUUCCUUAUGUGAUAAAUGUAACUCUACCAGAUGAGAAGGAGAACUAUGUUCAUCGCAUUGGAAGAGUUGGCCGAGCAGACAGGAUGGGUUUGGCCAUAUCACUGGUUGCAAUGGAGAAAGAGAAGGUGUGGUACCAUGUUUGUGCCAGCAGAGGAAAAGGCUGCUAUAACACCAGACUCAAAGAGAAUGGAGGCUGCACUAUUUGGUACAAUGAAAAAGAGUUGUUGUCAGAUAUCGAGGAGCAUCUGAAAUGCACUAUUACUCAGUGUGAACCUGACAUUAAAGUACCUGUGGAUGAAUUUGAUGGUAAAGUGACGUACGGCCAGCGCAGGGCCACAGGAGGUGGUCUUUACAAGGGCCAUGUGGAUAUUUUGGCCCCGACCGUACAGGAACUGGCCAACCUGGAGAGAGAGGCUCAAACUUCCUUCCUUCAUCUGGGUUAUCUACCCAACCAGCUCUUUAAAGCCUUCUAAAACAGCAAUUGCACAUGUCAUGCUAA